AUGACUUGGCUCUUCAACUCUAUCCAAUCCGACGAUCCAGAUUCGUCUCUUCCAUCACCAUCACCAUCACCAUCAGCGCCCAACCGCCACCCACACGACAGCCCCGCCAUUCGUGGCGGAGGAGUUAAAGAGGACUUUUCUGUCAUUGGCGACUCUAUCGCCUGCCAAUUCCGUGGCGUCGCCAACUUUCUUGCUCCGCCUCCAUCACCUUCGUCCUCUUCCUCCUCCCUAGAUAAGCCACUACUGUCUUCUUCUUCUCCGUCACAGUCACAGUCUCUCCUCGGGAUUUGUAAUGAUCUUGCUGAACUAGGAGCUUUUUUGCAAUUUCAAAGUGGCUAUAAUGAGGAAGAAGAUGAAGAUGGAGAUGAUUAUGUGACGGGGAUUACAGAUGAAGUUAUUGGUUUCGUUCAGGAGAUUUCUAUCAGACCUGAAUGCUGGACUGAUUUUCCGUUGUCUCUGGAAAGUGAUUUCAAAAUGUCUGAUGCUCAAAGAGAACAUGCCUCACCUGUUGAGCAUAUGGUUCCUAAUCUGAGAGCUUUUCUUUAA